UCAAACACUCAAAUCACAAACAGCACCAUCAUCAUCGCAGCGAAUCGCACGCCAAAUUUGUCGAUCGGAACAUUGUUUUCUGUGAAAUAUCGUGAAUUUUAGUGCAAACAUCUUUAUAUCGCAACAAUGAUGGGCCUUCCGAACGUUGCCGGCUAUUUAGCCGAACAGAAGAAAACCAGCGACAAGGAACUGGCCGCCGAGUGGACGCAAAUCGAGGAGUUGUAUAAUGAGAAACUGUGGAACGAACUGACCAUCAAAUUGAACACAUUCGUCAAAAAUCCAGCUUUGCAAAACGAGGAUGCCCUGCUGACGCUGUACCACAACUUCAUUUGCGUUUUCGAAACAAAAAUCAACCCGUACGGUUUGGUGGAGAUCCUCACGGUGGUGGUGUCGCACAUCGCGGACAAAAAAGAAGCAAUAACAUUCUUGGAAAAGCUCAAAGACAAAGUGAAGGUCUGCGAUGAGGCGCUCUGGAUGUGCAAGGUGCUGCAGGGACAGAUCUAUCUGGAAGCGCUGAACGAGCUGGACGAGACGAAAAAGAUUAUCCUGGAUCUGAAGGACAUUCUGGAGGAAGCUGGCAAUGUGACGCCGGUGCAUGGAAAGUAUUAUAUGCUGGCCGCAAACUACUACCGAUUGGUGGGUCAACACAGUGACUAUUAUCGUUGUGGAUUGCAAUUUUUGGGAUGCUCCAUGGACACUUACCCCAAGGAUCAAUGGCCUCAGCAGGCAUUCUUCUUAGGAUUGGCCGCGUUGCUCGGCGAAGGCAUUUACAACAUUGGGGAGCUGCUGGCCCACCCCAUCCUGGAAUCACUUAAGGGAACUGAAAACGAAUGGUUGGUGGAAUUGCUUCAGGCAUUCAACUCAGGCGAUAUCAACAAGUUCGAGCAGAUGAAACCCAAGUGGAGUACCAUCGCCGACCUUGCCGCCCAGGAGGUGAAACUCCGCCAGAAGAUCUCGCUGCUGUGCUUGAUGGAGAUGACAUUCAAGCGGCCGGCCAACAAGCGGACCAUCACCUUCGAGGAAAUCGCCAAGGAGGCCAAACUGCCCAUCAAGGAGGUCGAAAUCCUCAUCAUGAAGGCCCUGGCCCAGGGUUUGGUGAAGGGAGCGAUCGACGAAGUUGCCGGGGUGGUGAACAUGACGUGGGUGCAGCCGCGGGUGCUCGAUCGAAAGCAGGUCGCAGCAAUGGCCACCACUCUCGACACCUGGAUGGCGUCCAUCACUUCGAUGGAGCAGCUGAUCGAGAGCCGGGCUAGUGAAAUCCUCACGAACUGAAUAGAGAGAGUUUCUUUCUGAUCCUUAUAAAAUAAAAUUGAAAAUAGUUUUUUACUGUUUCGAAAUAAAAAAAAACUUAUAUUAGAAUUGGAAAAA